AUGAUGCUUCAAGUCACAAGACAGUUUCUGGCUGGCUGGGAUUACGAAAAUACUUUUCCUGUAGUAUCUACUGCAGCAGGCAUGAGCAGUUCCUGUGUGACAUUGGCCGAGGUCCUGUGGGCAAAAGGAAGCCCUCUGGAGGAAGAAGAAAUAUGGGCACUCCUCUACCUGUCCACAAUGCAGCUUCUGGAGGAUCUUCACAAAGACCCUGCCAUCUUUGUGAUUUGCCCAUGGUCAGUACUACUGUCUGCUGAAGGAAAUUUGUCCUUCCAAAACAAUGUGUCUCAGAUAGAAGCUGCCCCUUUCAGCCCACCAGAAUUGCUCCACCGCCCAAGUAAAAACCAGCACUUUGGACUAACAAAGAUGCUGGUGUAUUCCUUAGGAAUGACCCUCUAUUGGUCAGCAGAUUACCAGGUUCCUCCAAACCAGUCCCUGCAGCUGGGUGACCAACUACACACACUCUUGCUGACACUCUGUGAAGAUCUGCCACAUAGAAGACUUUCUCCUGAAUCCAUUCUGGAAGCAUGUGAAGCACAUCAGAAUGAAUCUGCUUCCUUACCAGCAAAACUCUACAUAAAGAAAAUGGUUCAGUUUGCAGUGGGAAGUGUCAGUGAGGUAGAGCAGGUGGUCACCGAAGACAGCACAGCCUCUCAGCUGAACAGAAGUCAUGUGAUAAGGAAAAGACUGCAUGAAAAAAUAUCGGACACCUCAACACUGUCAUCCCAGAUGAAUUUUCACCAAGACAAAGGGUCCAUAUUCAUGAACUAUAGUCAGUCAACAGAAGAUUACAGACAACUCUCUGUGGAUUAUAGUGACUCUAAUAGUAUUUCUGAAAGUACAUCUUUGAUACUGUCUAACCCAGGACACAGGAGAGGGAGAGUUCCAGAGACUCACAGAUCAUGUGAUACCACACUUAGUGGGUCAAAGACACAAAGUAGCUACAAGCUCUUCAUAAACAGGGAAAAAUCUGUUGAGAAGUUUUCAGGUCCAGAAUUUAUUAUUUUGUCUAGUGAACCACCAGUGACCUUACAGCUCCCUGGAUCAAUUGUGACUAAAAAAGGGAAAUCCUAUUUGUCCCAAAGGGAUCUCAAUGUGAUUCUACUCAAUGGCCAGUGCCUUGAGGUGCAAUGUGACAUCAAGACCAAGGCAAAAGAUGUUUUCAACACUGUGGUGGCGUAUGCAAACUUGGUGGAACAUUUCUACUUUGGCUUGGCUUACCUGAAAGGUAAAGAAUUCUUCUUUUUGGAUGAGGAGACCAAACUCUACAAAGUAGCCCCAGAUGGCUGGAAUGACCAACCCAAGAAGAAAAUGUCCAUCAUUAAUUUCACUCUCUUUCUAAGGAUAAAAUUCUUUGUCAACCACUUCAAUGUUAUUCAGCACGGCUUGACAAGGCAUCAAUUUUACCUGCAGCUUCGUAAAGAUAUUUUGGAGGAGCGAUUGUAUUGCAGUGAUGAGACUGCCCUGAAACUUGGCGCUUUGGCUCUACAGGCAGAGCUUGGCAAUUAUGCUUCUGAGAUGCAUGGAAAGAGCUAUUUUCGUGUUGAAGACUACGUUCCAGCAAGUCGAAUAGAGAAAAUGACCCUGGCAUAUGUACAGCGAGAGCUUGCUAAAUUACAUCGUAUGAAUCGCUCCCUAUUUGAGGAUGAAGCUGAACUAGAAUUUUUAAAGGUGACUCAGCAACUUCCUGAAUAUGGAGUGUUAUUCUAUCGCGUAUCCCAAGAGAAGAAAGGAACAGAAGGGGACAUCAUCCUGGGAAUCUGUGCCAAAGGCAUCAUUGUCUAUGAGAACAAAAAUCAUACAAGAAUUGCCAGUUUAAGAUUCCAGUGGCGUGAAACAGAGAGAAUUUCAGCUCAUAGAAAAAAAUUCAUGAUUGAAAGCAGCUUUAGUGGCAAGAAACACACCUUCAUUACUGAUACAGCAAAGACAUGUAAAUACCUAUUGGACCUCUGCUCUGCCCAGCACAAAUUCAAUGCACAGAUGAAUUCUAGGCAACUUCGACAAACGUCAUCAGAGGACAGUAAAUUUUUGGAAAUAGACAAAUCAAAUUCUGCAUAUGCAGCUCAGCAUGAACACCUUGCCCUUAUUCAGAGACUGUCUCGCUCAGAGAACAUGCUCUACGGAGCAAACCUGGAAAACCUUUCUGCCGGUAUGAUGAGCAAAUCUUGUGAUAACCUCAGUGUGGAAACCAACAACAGGGCUAGAGAAAAAAGCAAUCUUGGCAGCUAUUUUGUUUCUGCAGCCCCUGGAUCACCAGCCAUCCAAAAGGAAGUUUUGCUAAGUGGUCUAGAAAGAGAAAUUGUUUGUGUCAGCCUAAAACGUGACCCCAAGAAUGGAUUUGGUUUUAUAAUUAUUGGAGGAGAAAAUGUAGGAAAAUUGGACCUUGGUAUUUUUAUCGCUUCAAUUAUCCCUGGGGGACCUGCAGACAGAGCUGGAAAUAUCAAACCAGGAGGACGACUCAUCUCUGUGAAUAAUAUUAGUCUUGAGGGUGUUUCAUUUAAUACUGCAGUUAAAAUAAUACAGAACUCUCCUGAGGAAGUGGAGCUCAUCAUCUCUCAACCCAAAGACAUAUAUGAAGAAGAAUUAAAUGAAGAAAAGAAUCUAUCAAGAGGAAACAGCACUAGUGGAUCUGAGAUCUCUUGUGUUGACAAUGGGAGAAAAAAGAUUCAGGACUGUCAUACAGCUCUCCCCAAAGAACAGGACACAAAUACAGAUGAACUUGAAAAGACUCUCUCUUGGAAUGCAGCAUCAAAAUUGGGCCCUAGGAUUCCAGUCCCUUCAGCUGAUAGCCUGGAUAUAGAGGCAGCUGAUUCUUCCCACUUACCAUCUCCAUCAGAAACCCACUCAAAGGAAAUCUACACUGUGGAGCUUCUUAAAGAAGAUGGGACUUUUGGAAUCAGUGUGACUGGUGGAAUUAACACCAGUGUGCGUCAUGGUGGGAUAUAUGUGAAGUCAAUUAUUCCCAGGGGACCAGCGGAUAAGAAUGGACAAAUAAAGAUAGGUGAUCGUCUGCUAGAAGUAGAUGGCAUCAGCCUCUGUGGCAUCACCCACAAACAGGCUGUGGAACACCUUAAGAAAUCUGGCCAGAUUGCCAAACUGGUUCUAGAAAGGGGAAACUACCAAUUGGCAGAGCCAUGCCUGACCGCUAAUGACAGAAAAGAAGACCAAUGUGCAGUUGUUUCUGCAGCAACAUCCCUCACAGAUGGUAGCAAGGACUGCUGCUUUUUGACAGAUGAUAACACAUUUGAAGUGAAAUUAACCAAGAAUUCUGGAGGCCUUGGAUUUAGUGUUCUGCAGAUGGAAGGAAAUGCUUGCGAACACCUUGGAGGAGCUAUUGUCAGGAUCAAAAGACUGUUUCCAGGACAGCCAGCUGAGGAGAAUGGAGAAAUUGAAGUUGGAGAUGUCAUUUUAGCUGUGAAUGGGAAACCUCUCAAAGGGCUCCUGUACCAGGAUGUCCUGCAUUUGUUAAGAGGAGCUCCUCGAGAAGUUAUGCUGCUACUCUGCAGACCACCAAAAGGUGUUCUUCCAGAAAUAGAGCAGAUUGUUCUGACUCCAGCACCAUCCCCAAUAAAGGACUUUGCGGCAGAAAUGCCAGGCAGCACAGAGGCAGGAAACAGUAUGGAUCAAUCUACCAGUGAUGGAGGUAGCACCUCUCCAGAUCUUGAAGACUGCCUCGAUUCUCCGCUGGGAGAAGAUUUCAGUGAGCCUCCUGGGGAUGACAGCUCAGUUUACGAAGAGCAGGAAGCUGAGUUUCAAGAGAAGCCCAUGCAGAAACUCCCAACUUCCAGAGAGAGUUUCUAUAAGCAUCUUCUGAAGAUUCAUCAAGAAGCUUCCAGUUCUGAAAUCUUCCACUCUCUAGAGGAGGAAGUGAAGCAGAACUGCUACUCACCAUGUGAAUUCGGACAGGCUGAAAGCUCAAUGUCUGUGACCUCACUUCCACGAGGAGGAAGCUCCAAGACAGUCUCUGCAGCUACUGCGACCCCACAGCCACGUAUUUGUGGUCCCUCAUCGUCAUCCCUGCCUGCUAGAGAGACACAUGACAGUGACAAUGAAUGGGAAGACUUGGAGGAACCAGAGGAAGAGAAGGAAGAAAAUGAAAACUGCACUCAGGAAAUGGAGAUCUUUGUGACUUUGACAAAGUCAGAGAACAGUGGUUACGGAUUCUCUGUAGUUCUUAACAAAAUUGACACCUGCCUGUAUGUUGAUGAAAUCCUGAAUGAUCCUGCCCUUUCUGAUGGAAGAUUGAGAAGGGGAGACAGAAUUAUUAUGGUGAAUGGAAUUGAUGUCACAUCUUUGCCGUGCAACGAAGUCCUGGCUUUACUGCAAAGCUCUCCUCCAGAUCUGCACCUUGUGGUUGGUCGUGCUGACAGUGACCCACGUCCCUCAGUUAGGCCAGAUGAGAUUCCUGAAAUUACUCUCACAAAGGGCGCCGAUGGCCAGCUAGGCUUGAAGCUGACAGGAGGAGCUGGAAGCAAGUUACAAGGUAUUUAUGUGCUAGAGAUAGUGCCUGGCUCUCCUGCCAGUGUGGAAGGCAGUUUGCAGCCACGAGAUCAGAUUGUUUACAUCUGUGGACUGUGCACUGAGGGCAUUAGCCUGGAUGAUGCAGUGAGAGUGUGUGAAGCUGCCACCCAGAAUGUUCAAAUAAAAGCCACAAGAAAUGGCAAUCCAGUGGUUCCUAUAGAGCAGGAAAAUAAGGAACAUUUGGAGGAAACAAACUGUGAUGCUCAGCAGGACACCCCCGAUUCUCCAGAAUGUAAAGACUUCAUUAUCAAGAUUGAGCUGGAAAAAGCAGAAAACGGAAGCCUAGGAUUUGCACUGGUAGGUGGAAAAAAUGGCAGGGCUAUCCUAAUAAAAGCCAUCAGCCCGGACAGCAGCGCAGAUCUAGAUGGGAGACUUCAAGUUGGUGACAUCCUACUUAAGGUGAAUGAGACUUUUGUGUCUGGUCUGCCACGCCAAACAGUCACAGAACUGCUGCGCAAGGCUCAAGGCACUGUUCAACUCACUGUCUGCCGAAGUGUGGCUUUGCACUGGGCUUAUUCAGGCAACCAGAGCAACACAAAGGCAGAGCCUGCAAGUGGUGGGGAAAGCCUGCAAGCUCAGCCAAUUUCCAGUUUCAAGGAAGAAGGCUCCAACCAAAUGUGCAACAAGGUAAAAUCAGAGAAGUUUUCAGAAGUUAUCAGGCAACGUGCUCAUCUGUUUGUUUACAACAUGGGCUUGCUGCAAUGUGGGCAAGAACCACACCUUCUUAAUGAAAAAAGUUUAAUGUGA